AUGUCCGUGCACGCCGCCACACCGCCUGCCCUCGGCACGCCCACUGAGGCGCAGCGCAUGAGCGAUGCGGUCGUCACCCUCAUCGAUGUCUUCACGGCCCGUCAUUCGUCCACCACCGGUGCGCAUGAAGAGGCCCUCAUGGCGCUCACCGCAACGGUUUCGUCGGGGUUUGCGGACAUGCGCGCCAAGCAGGACGCGCUCGCCGCCGCCGUUGCCGGACUCACCCGCCGUACUCCCAGCCCGCCCGCCGAGAUGCCUCGUGACGAGUCGGGCGACACCAGCUCGGGCAACAUCAGCGAGAUGAAGAGCACUGCCAUCAUCCUCCGUGCCGUAUCGGAGGCGCAAGGAUACAGCCUGGAGGCCAUUUCAGAUCAGAUGGAGAUGGAUGUUGGCGCCAAAGGAGCCGUCGCCCUCAAUCAGAGAAACACGGCCCGAAACACGGCCCCUGCCAUCCAAGUAGGUCGUGUCGAGGCCCACACCCCGCUCAUACAGCAGUGGCGCAACGAGAUCGACCUCCGUCACCGGCUCGCGGAGGAUGCAUGCGAAAUCGGGGCCGUCAGUACGCGGCUCGCGCGGCUCGUCAAGGCCGCCAGUACAGCUGGCUUGCUCGGUGAAAACAAUGCUCAGAAAGUCGCCCAGUCCCAGAUCACAAGCCUGGCUGCGAAGUUUGAAUCGGCCCUCGCUGCGCUUGACCGUUAUAAGAAGGACAACGCCGCUCUCGCUAAAGAGCUGGCUGAGGAGCAAGCCGCCCAUUCGAACCUCCGCGCCCAGCUUGCAGCGGAGGCUGAAUCUCUCGCCGCGCUAGCGAACAGGCAGCGUGGGAUCGAUGAGAUCCGCAGCGAGCUCACCGCCGCGAUAGAACAGUUCUCGGUGGUGGAGAGUGAGCGGAGCCGCAAUGAGGGUCGUGGUGCUGAGCCUUCUGACCCCGCUGAGACUCUCCGCGACCUGCGCGCGCUCCACAAGUGCGUGUGGGAUCGUGAGGGUUUCAACUGUCUGACCAACAGGCCUGCCGAAAGGCAAGUGCAUGACGAGAACCUGCACGAUCAAAUCGGUUUCCUGGACAAGUAUCUUGCCAGACUUUCGCAUGAGCAACACGACGAUGAUAAGCCGCACGACAAGGAGAGCCUUCGCAGUCAACUUGCCGCUCAUGCCGAGCGCCUUUUCACGCUGAGCCACGUCGAGAGGGUCAAGACGCACAAGACGGCCGCCACUCAUGGGGAGAGUGGCAAGAUCGAUGGCGAGAUCGAUAACCCGGAGCUUCUUACCGUACGGAUGGACGAGUCCAAGCAGUAUCUCGGGGAGGACGACGAUGGGCAUCAGUCGGAAGGCAUCUUGGGCCUGCGUAUCUCCGAAGCCGAAUAUGUGCAGUCCAGGGCGUCAAGCCACAUCGAGGUGCUUCGCGAACAGCUCAAACCGCUGGAGCGAACCUGCCUUGUGCAUGGUCACGAUGUGGGAGCAUGGCAGGCGAAACACGACAAGCGACUCGAGGAACUGAAGGAGCUGCAGAAUGCACUCGCGAAGAAGAACGUGCAACUUGCGGCAAUGACGAAGAGCGCCAGGACGCAGCAGUCGCAGCUUGUCUACAUGACGCAGGAGCUCUCCGCUAUGGAAGUCAAACUGGGCGUUCAAGCGACCGAAAUCGCCUCGCUGAAGGUCCAGCUCCGCGCAAAGACGACUGAGGGCGCCAAGCUCCAGUACAAACUCGACACGCUGCUCAAAGUUCAUACACCCGGAUCGAGUCAUCAAGGUCAUGCAAACGCACAGGCGAGGGUCGAGUUAGGCAUGCAGAAUAAUCGUGCUUCCGCGCGGAGGACCAAGUGCAACGCUGUGGCAGCCAAGGGUAUUCAAAAGUAGGACGGCUCGAUAACCGCGUGGAAGUGAAUCUGCAAAAUAUGGAUUCGUCCCUUCCAGUAAAUCUGUAAAGAG